AGUGCGCGGGCCCGGGGCGUCCCACGGACCGAGCGCGGGCACGGGACGCUCUCGGGCGGGGCUGCUUGACGGGAGAGGCACGCGGGAAGGAAGCGGAGGAGAGAGCGGCAGUGAGCGUGCGCACAGCUGGGGGAGGAGCGGCGGGAGCAGGAAAGAAGGAAGGGAGAAGGAGAGUUCAGAGGGUACCGGAGGCGGGGACGGGCCAGACGUGUAACCAUGACUAUUGACUGGAUUGGUUUUGGAUAUGCUAGCGUAAUAGCAUGUGGAGGCAUUUUGGGAUAUCAUCGUAAAGGAAGCAUUGUAUCUUUGGUUGCUGGUCUUUUCUUUGGCUUAUUGGCGGGUUAUGGAGCUUACCGUAUCUCCUGUGACUCCCGAGAUGUCAAAAUGUCACUAUUCACUACCUUUUUUCUGGCCAUUAUGAUGGGCAUGAGGUUCAAGAGGUCCAAGAAACUAAUGCCAGCAGGGAUUGUGGCUGGCCUCAGCCUCUUGAUGAUUUUGAGACUCGUCCUGAUGCUUGUAUAAGAAUCAUCAGCUACCAAGGACAUAAUUCUCAUCCCUCCACCACAGCAGACUAAAUAUAUGCUUUGUACUUGAAAGAUAAGUUUCAACAAGAAAUUUCAAGCAUCUGUAAGGAAAAAAAAAAUAACAACUAACAAACUGACACUUCUCAUAUUAGCUUUUGUUUGCAAGCUUUUUUAAUUUUUUAUGCCAAAAAUUUUUUUCAACUGUUUUCCAGUUGGUGAGCAUUGUUUCCUAAAAGGAACAAAAUGAAUCAUUCCUCAUUAACUCUCAUUUCCCCGUUUUUUAUUUUUCAGUUUAGAAGGUAUAAAGUUAUUGUCCACCAUCAUAAAAUUUUAAAAAGUCUUUUAUAUUUGUUUACUAAAAUUUCAAACACUGAUGUCACCAAACUAAAGUUUACAUAGCAGUACUUGCCUGAUAAGAUGCCUUAUGUGAUAUUUGACUAAAAUACUAACCAGUUGUCCUAGUCUUUCUUUGUCUUACAAGCUGCAUAGGAAGUACUUAUUUUUGACCUGAAUUUAAAAUUUUCUUCUACCCUCUGCAGACAUUGGAUAUGGGAACAGAGUGUAACUAAUAUUCAAAUAAAAGUUCUAUUUUAAACUU